CCGCAAGUUACUAGAAAUUUUCUAAAUUAGGUUAGUUUUUUGUGAAAUUAAUUUUUUUCACAAACAAAUGUAAAAAAAUGGUUUCAAAUAUUAUUAAUCGGUUUAAUAAUGCAUUGCAAAAAUUUAAUCACCUUGUGGAAUUAAUUUUUAGAGGCGGAUAUCCUCCACAAUUAUGCGCUAUUGAAUUCAAUCAACUUGAUAAAAAUUACAAAUCCGUUGAAUCAAAAACAUUUUCGUUGAAAGAUAUAUUUGAUGGAUUUUUAUGGGGUGUACCAAAACAUAGACGAACGGCAGAAAAACGUAUGAUGCGAAAAUAUGGUCAUCCCAUUUAUAAUUGGAAACUUUUAAGACCAAAGACAAAUUUAAUAAUGUGCGUUAAUUGUGGUUACGUUCACGAAAUUGGAAUUCUUUGCGUACAUUGUUAUGGAAAAAUAAAGAAGGAAACAAUUGAAAUACAAGAAGCAAUUCAAAAUGAAUUGAAAUUAGAUCCUGUUGAUAAAGAAGUUAUUGUUCUCUAUCAAAAUGACAAUUUGUCUCAAGAAUUUUGGAAGAAUCAACGAAUAGUAGAAAUGCCAAAAAAUAGACCAGAAUGGUUUCAUCAAAAUUUAUUGCAACCAACAACACAAGAACCAUCUGACAGUAAAGAAGUAAAACCAAUAAAUAUAGUUUAAGUGUCGUUUUUAAUAAAAAAAAAAAUUAGAUUUUUAUAUAAAGUUGAAAUUUAUUUAGCUUUUCAAGAAUUGUCCAUAUAUUUGUAAAGUAUAAAAAAUAAAUAGAAAUCACGUACA